CAACAGCAGCGCGGAGUCCUUGGACAGGCUGCUGCCUCCCGUGGGCACCACACAGUCGCCACGGAAACGGACCACCAGCCAGUGCAAAUCGGAGCCCCCCCUCCUGCGGACGAGCAAGAGGACCAUCUACACCGCCGGCCGGCCGCCUUGGUACAAUGAACACGGCACACAGUCGAAGGAGGCGUUUGUCAUUGGUCUCGGAGGAGGAAGUGCUUCUGGGAAGACCACCGUGGCUAGAAUGAUCAUAGAGGCUCUGGACGUCCCCUGGGUGGUCCUUCUUUCUAUGGACUCCUUCUACAAGGUGCUGACGAAAGAGCAGCAAGAGCAGGCCGCCAGCAACGACUACAACUUCGACCACCCGGAUGCCUUCGACUUCGACCUGAUCAUCUCCACCCUGAAGAAACUCAAGCAGGGCAGGAGUGUCAAGAUCCCCAUCUACGACUUCACCACCCACAGCCGCAAGAAAGAAUGGAAAACCCUAUACGGAGCCAACGUCAUCAUCUUCGAAGGCAUCAUGGCGUUUUCCGAUAAGGAGCUUCUGAAGCUCCUGGACAUGAAGAUAUUUGUCGACACCGAUUCUGACAUCCGCCUGGUCCGGCGCCUCCGUAGGGAUAUCAGCGAGCGUGGCCGGGAGAUCGAAGGCGUCAUCAAGCAGUACAACAAGUUUGUCAAGCCAGCCUUCGACCAGUACAUCCAGCCCACCAUGCGCCUGGCUGACAUUGUUGUCCCACGAGGUAGUGGAAACACUGUUGCUAUCGACUUGAUUGUCCAGCAUGUGCACAGCCAACUAGAAGAGCGUGAACUCAGUGUCAGGGCCGCCCUGGCUUCUGCUCAUCAGUGCCACCCCCUCCCCAAGACCCUCAGUGUGCUAAAGAACACCCCACAGGUCAGGGGCAUGCAUACGAUCAUCAGGAACAAGGAGACCAGCCGAGAUGAGUUUAUCUUCUAUUCCAAGCGCCUCAUGAGGCUGCUGAUUGAACACGCCUUGUCGUUUCUGCCGUUCCAGAGCUGCACGGUUCAGACACCACAAGGCCAUGACUACGAAGGGCGAACGUACCGCGGGAAGCAAAUUACGGGCGUGUCCAUCUUGAGGGCCGGAGAAACCAUGGAGCCCGCCCUGCGAGCUGUCUGCAAGGACGUCCGGAUCGGUACCAUCCUCAUCCAGACAAACCGUUACACAGGAGAGCCAGAGCUGCAUUACCUGAGGCUCCCGAAGGACAUCAGCGAAGAUCACGUGAUCCUGAUGGACUGCACCGUCUCCACGGGGGCGGCCGCCAUGAUGGCUGUGAGGGUGUUGUUGGACCACGAUGUCCCAGAAGACAAAAUCUUCCUCCUCUCCCUCCUGAUGGCCGAGAUGGGCGUCCACUCUGUGGCUUACGCUUUCCCUCAGGUGAAGAUCAUCACGACGGCUGUAGACAAGAAAGUGAACGACCUCUUCCGCAUCAUCCCCGGCAUCGGAAACUUCGGAGACCGCUAUUUUGGCACGGACGCUCCUCUGGACUGGAGCGACGAGGAAGAUGUCCUGGAUGCUUAGCCGCUGCCUCUUCUUCUGAGGAGCCACUGUGAAGGAAAGGAAGCUUCAGCGCCUGACCCCCGCUUCCCCGGCCGCCCCCCAAGCACCGGCAAAGAACCCUCGGCAGAAUCAUUGUUCUCUGAUGCACUUGAGGCCUAGGAUGUAUUUUCUAAUAGAGAGAGAAAAAGAGAGAGAGAGACUGGAUCCUCGCUGUCUUUGUAUGUGCACACGAGUGUUUCUGAGUCUA